AUGAUAUGGGCUGGAGGAGGGUUAACAUUCUUGUUAAACCUUGGAUACAGGUGGUUUUCAGUCACGAUGGGCACGGGCAUCGUGUCAAUCCUACUAAAUACCCUACCCUAUAACGGCGAAUGGCUCUACUGGAUCUCUGUUGUGAUCUUCGCCUUCAACAUUCUUCUCUUCGCGAUAGGAUGUAUCAUCACCGUCCUCCGGUACUCGUUGUACCCGGAGAUUUUCACUGUGAUGAUUACCCAUCCGGUUCAGUCUAUGUUCCUCGGGACAUUUCCAAUGGGCUUUGCCACUAUCGUCAAUAUGUUUUGCUUCGUCUGCGUCCCAGCUUGGGGUGAAUGGGCCAAGAACUGCGCCUGGGGAAUGUGGAUAUUUGAUGCCGUCCUCUCUGUCAUUACCGCUCUCUCACUGCCAUUUUUAUUGAUGGCCCAUGGAGGCGAAACGCAACUCUCCUCCAUGACUGCGGUUUGGCUCCUCCCCAUUGUCAGCUGUGUCGUUGCCGGAUCAUCCGGCGGCAUUGUGGCGGGUGUUCUCUCCAAUCCGCAGCAUGCGCUCUGGACUGUGAUCGUUUCAUAUGUCCUGUGGGGAAUUGGACUUCCACUGGCCAUGAUGGUCAUGGUGAUCUACCUACAGCGACUGACUCUGCAUAAGAUUCCGCCCAAGGCGGUGAUCGUCAGCGUUUUCUUGCCUCUAGGCCCAUUAAGCCAAGGCGGUUUUGGGAUUUUGAAACUGGGUAAAGCGGCGCAGACCAUUUUCCCUCAAACGCACACACUUCAGGCAUCAUCGGGCGACGUCUUCUACACGGUAGGUUUCCUGAUCGCUUUGAUUCUCUGGGCCUUCGCACUUGUCUGGCUGUUCUUCGCUUUAGCAUCCAUUGUUCGAUGCAAGAGCUUUCCAUUCAACAUCGGAUGGUGGGGGUUCACCUUUCCCCUGGGCGUCUUCGCCACCUGUACCUGUGAAAUGGGCACAGAGUUGCCGUCGGAGUUUUUUAAAAUUCUCGGGACGAUUGUCUCGCUUUGUGUGGUUGUGUUAUGGGUUGUUGUGAGCGUUGGGACGCUCAAGGGAGUGGUAUCCGGACAGUUAUUUGUUGCGCCGUGUUUGGCGAACCUGAAAAUCAAAGAGGAGGACAAAGACACGACUAAGGCUGCAUAG